GGGGACUGAGCUUGGGCUUGUCUGGCCCGCGGAAGACUCCGCUCACUGGUGCGCUCUUCUUUCUGACAGGAAGAUCAUGCGUGGUCAGGGAUUUCUCGCUGCUGUGAACCGAGAACCCGCCGAGCUAAAUUGAAGAAAACACAAAGACUUCUGAAAGUUAAUUUGGAAACAUCUCUAAAUAUUUGUAACUGAGCAUCAACAACCAAAGAGAAAUUAACCCUAACAAAACUAAUUGAAUAAUUGAGGCAGGUUUGUCUAUACGUGUGUCAUCAAUUUCCAUCCAGAGAUUGAAAGAUCUUCCUUUGAAUUUAAGGAUUCUGUGCAUUUAAUGAGAGGAUGACCUUUCAAUUUAAUUUCACUAUAGAAGACCAUCUGGAACAUGAGUUAACAUCCCUUGGAGAUGAAACUUUGACCCUGGAUUCCUCAAAGGAGUCAUCAAUCUUAGAAAGUCAGAAAGAAAAACAGAGGGACAGAAAAUGUUCUCCAGACCUAUUUGACUUUUCUCAGGAUCACCUGUGGGAACACAAGUCACUGGGAAAUACAGCUCCCUCUCAAAACAGAAACUGUCCAAUCAAUGAAGCUAACAGUUCAAGUAAGUUGGAACUUCGUGAAAAUCAGCCCUGCUUGAGAGCUCCCAAACAGCAUGCUAUGCCUAAAGAUUUAAAGAAAGUGUUAGAAGAUAAAGUCAUAGAAACUUUACCAGGUCUCCAGCAUGUUAACAUAUCUAUAGUGAAAACCGUCUUGUUGAAAAAGAACUUCCCUGGAGAAAACAUAGUUUCAAAAAGCUUUUCUUCUCAUUCUGAUCUGAUUACAGGUGUUUAUGAGGGAGGGUUAAAAAUCUGGGAAUGUACAUUUGACCUUCUGGCGUAUUUCACAAAGACCAAAGUGAAGUUUGCUGGGAAAAAAGUAUUGGAUCUUGGCUGUGGAUCAGGAUUGCUGGGUAUAGUUGCAUUCAAGGGAGGAGCCAAAGAAAUUCAUUUUCAAGAUUAUAACAGUAUGGUGAUUGAUGAAGUAACCAUUCCCAAUGUAGUGGCUAAUUCUACUUUGGAAGCGGAAGAUGAUGUAAAUGAACCAGAUGUGAAAAGGUGCAGAAAUUCAAAACUAGCACAGAAGCUGUGCAAAUGUCUGUUCUUUUCAGGGGAGUGGUCUGAGUUUUGUAAGCUUGUACUAAGCAGUGAGAAACGCUUUGUAAAGUAUGAUCUCAUUCUCACCUCAGAAACCAUUUACAAUCCAGAUUAUUAUAGUACCUUGCAUCAAACAUUCCUUAGCUUGUUAGAUAAAAAUGGACGGGUGCUUUUGGCCAGUAAAGCUCAUUAUUUUGGUGUAGGUGGGGGUGUUCAUCUCUUUCAGAAGUUUGUAGAAGAAAGGAAUGUGUUUGACACUAGAACACUUGAAAUAAUUGAUGAAGGACUAAAGAGGUUCCUAAUUGAAAUAACUUUUAAGCAUUCCAGGUAAUGUCCACUGAGUGUCCUAAGUGAAAUAAACAGAAUGACCAAAAA